AUGGCCGAGCCGACGCAGAAGGGCGGUGUAGGGCAGGGCGGGCGAAGGGAGGAGGAUGAGGCGGCGGCCGCCCCCAGCUACGAGGACUACGAGUGCAAGAUCUGCUACAACUACUUCGACCUGGAGCGGCGGGCCCCCAAACUGCUGGAGUGCCUGCACACCUUCUGCCAAGAGUGCCUGAGCCAGCUGCACCUGCGGGCCGCGCAGCAACCCGCCGCCGCCGAAGCGGGGCCGGGCAGGUCGGCCGACGGCUCGCUGGCCUGCCCGCUCUGCCGCCACCGCACGGCGCUGCCCGACCACCGCGUCCACAGCCUCCCCGUCAACACCAAGCUGGCCGCCGCCUGCCCGCCGCAGCUGCGGGCCCGCGACCCGCUGCCCCAGGACCGCCUGCCGCCGCUGCCGCCCCGCCGCCCCCCCGCGCCCGGGAAGCGGCCGCCGCCCUCGCCCCGUCCCCCCCGGCCCCCGCCGGCCGCGCCGGGCCGCGCUCCUCGGGGCGGCUACGAGAGCUGCCAGAGCUGCAAGCGGGCGGCGCUGAGCGCCGGCUGCGUGUGCGUCGUCGUCUCCUUCCUCUCCAUGGUGGUGCUGCUCUUCACCGGCCUCAUCUUCGUCAACCAGUACGGCGGCGACGCCGGGCCCGGCGCCUCGGCCUCGCCAUCGCCGGUGGGGCCCAUCUGCCUGUCGGUGGCCAGCAUCCUCGCCCUCUUCUCCGUCGUCGUCACAUGGCUCAUCUGCUGGCUCAAGUACCGGCCCGAGGCGGCGACCGGCGGGGCCGCCGCCAACAGCACCCCGCGGGGCCGAGCUGCCGCCCGCCGGAGCGACACGUAG